UGUGUGCAUUUCAUUAUGAUUAAGCAUUGUUUUAAAAUAAUUAGCAGAUCUUAAAUAAGACCGGGGAUUUCUUCGAAAUUACGAAAUGACACGGAAUUUCCCGUUUUUCUUCGAACCGGAUUCAACAAGGGUUUAACUACAGGACAUUGCUUGAGGAUGUUUGUAUUUUUGUUUUCCUCACAUAUACCAAUAUGACGGCCAUAUCACUGGUGACGGAGAAACAGCCGACGGACAAGGAGUGCGGCGUCCAAGAGAAAUCCCGGCGGUUUGUACUCGAACGGAAGUGCAUUAUGGGCACCUUUCUGGGGUUUCUGCUAGUAGGGAUGCUGGCGGCCGCCAUCUACGUGAGCGCCGUGAUCACAACUAACCAUAAAAAGGGGGACAUGGAGAAGAACAAUCAACAGGGAAAAGCGUACGUGAGCGCAGAGCGCGUGCAGGAAUUCGUAUCGUGCAACACCAGAAGUCACGUGGUACAGAUCAGAGUUCCAGACCAGGGCAUCGUUUUCAUAGACUUUGAGAGGCGGCUGAAGAUCCUGACGUUCAGCCAUAUCAAGCACGUGUGUUUUGUGGCCGAGAUUACAGACAUGGCCACCGAGCCCCUCAGUCACACUGAUGUUGAAUCUAACUUCACUAUGGCAGUUAAAGGAACGCCGGUAGCGGAUGUGUACGUCGCUGACGUCACUUACGAUGUCAAGCGCUUACCGGAAGUAACUCAGCACAUAUGUAAGGUUGCCUUCCACGCCAAACGUAAAACCAAUUCAGAACCAGUUAGGACGGACAGACGCAAAAAGAGGCAAUGUGGCCAGUCAUGUAUCAUGGUGUGUGACCCGAGAACCCAUCGUUGUAGACGCCAAUGCGUCCGCAACCCCUGUCCGCGCCGCUGUACCCGGGAAAGACCAUGCUCAGUUUAAAGAGGGACUUCCGCUGUUGAAGAUUGUAUAGCGUCUGAUAUCUAAGUAAAGCCCGACAUCUCCACUGUUUGGGAAAUUUUGAAUGCGCAACGUUGCCAUGCAUGCCUUUGUUUUAAAUCUUAACACAGAAAAAUGAUUUAUAUAUAAGUUUGAUACAUUCGUAUAUACCUAUACACGUUGUUCUGUACCAUUCUAACUUCCGAUUGGUUGUCGUUACUUUUUAUAAUAAAGUGAGAGUUAAAAAAA